UCUUGACAUUUUUAGAAAGUAACAAAACUGCACUCUUCAGAAGGGUGGCCCUGUGCUUUGGAAGAAUGACAAUGACAAGCCAAUAAACUGAAGCACACAUUCAGUGGGCAAACUCCAGUGGACAACAGCACAGAAUAUGAUUAAUCUCAUCUGAGCUAUGUCCGAAGAGGAGUUGGAAGAAAUUGUACAAAUAACAGUUGAGGACUUCAGCGCAGAGGGUCGAACAGCAAGCAUGCUGGACAAUCAAGGACAAACUGAAGCGAGUCCUCAAAAGAAAAAAAGAAAAUUCAGCAACAGCCAAGAGAACAGCAGCAGCAACCAGGACAUAGGCUAUAUUAAGAACUUGAUGGUCUCAUUCACUGCAUCAGUCAGCCAGAGAUUGGAAGCCAUUGAAUCCAAGCUGCAGGCUCUGGACGCCACAUGUAAGGCUCUCGCACAAAAGCUGGAUAGCAUGGUGCCUUGUGCCAAGAAUUCUAUUCAGGUUCCAAUGGUUGCCGGGUCACCCCAGGGUGCCACGCAGACUUGGAACAAAGUGCGAUGUGUUGUUCCACAAACAAAUGUGAUCGUGAGCAGCGAGUCCAUGAAGCAAGAAGAUCCCUCGCUGGAAAACUUGCUCAGCAACACAGUGGCGAAGAGGCGCCAAAACACAAUUCUCGUGAAGGUGCCUGGCCCUGAGGAGAGUCAGGAAGAAGUGGAGAGCGGCUCUGAGGCUAGUGACUCCGUUUCCAAUGGCGGCCAUCCCAACAAUGCCCAAAAUGGACAAAAUGUCACACUCAUCACACUCAACUCAGAGGAGGACUACCCAGGGGGCACAUGGUUAGGUGAUGACAGUAACCCCGAGAUGCGUGUUCGUUGUCCAGUCUCACCAGCCGACAUGCUCCAUAUUUCGUCCAACUGCCGCACAGCAGAAAAAAUGGCUCUCACGCUCUUAGACUACCUUUUCCAUCGGGAGGUCCAGGCCAUGUCCAACCUGUCUGGUCAGGGCAAACAUGGCAAAAAGCAACUGGAUCCGCUCAUGAUUUAUGGCAUUCGCUGCCACUUGUUCCACAAAUUUGGCAUCUCCGAGUCCGACUGGUAUCGCAUCAAGCAAAGUAUUGACUCCAAGUGUCGCACUGCCUGGAGACGUAAGCAGCGUGGUCAGAGUUUGGCUGUCAAGAGCUUCUCCAAACGCACACCCCGCGGUUCAGGUUCAGAGGGAGGCCUCUCAGAAGAAACCACCCAGAUAGAAGCAGCCACCCAGCAGACCCUGCACUACACACUGGCCAAUCAGCAGGUCCAGUUCCAUCACAUUGGAGAGGAUGGACAAGUUCAAGUGAUUCCACAGGGCCAAUUGCACAUUGCCCAGGUUCCUCAAGGAGAGGAGGUGCAGAUCACUCAAGACAGUGAGGGGAACCUCCAGAUCCACCAAGUGCAUGUUGGCCAAGAUGGUCAGGUACUCCGAGGAGCUCAGCUUAUAGCGGUGGCGUCGGCUGAAGGGGCUGCAGCAGCGGUCGAGGGCGCCGCUCUCCCUCCUGACAUCCAAGUGCAGUAUGUUCAACUUGCCCCCGUCACAGAUCACACAGAUGCAGUGCAGGGUGCCGAGCUUGCCCCCGCCCUGCAAGCAGACAUGGAGGUGAAGGAUACCAUGCAGGGAGAGAACGGCGAGGUGGUCCAAAUCGUCAGCUCUGUGGCUACCUGAGAGAGGCGUCUGCUUUUUGGACUCUCCAAACGUUAACCGCUUACACAGCGCUACGGUGCGGCGGAGGUCUGCGUAAGCAGACAAACUGACAGACAUUGAAGUCAGAAACCCGUUUUAACCAAUCCCAUACGUCAAUCCAAAACGGCGUGAGCAAGCCAGUUUUUUGUUGACGCUGUCCCUUGCCAAGCAGAUGUUCAUCGUGCACUUGACUGUGAGUCUUCAAAAUCAGCUGCUGUCUUCAGCUGGUGCGUUCUUCUGAAGGAGGAAUCAUCCCACCCUGGAAUCCACACCGGGAUUAUUGUCUAUCCUGGGCGGUUGCUGUUGAAGCACAUCGGCACAUACCCGUACGUUUUUGCAAUGAGGAAAAAUAGCAACGUUGGAGAGUUGAGUGGCUGGGUCCCGCAUUAUUAUGUCCCCCCCCCCCCCCCCCGUAUGUUAAUGUUCUCAUCAAAAUUCUGGACAUUAUGGUGGCACUUGAAUUUUGCUGAGAACCGCUACUCUCGGGAUAAGUUUGUUUUAUCAGUCUUCAUAAUUGAAUCCAUAUUUUGUCUCUUGGCUGGGAGCCUCCUCCCUUCACUUGCCUCUUCAUGUUCCCACAUUGUUCUGGUUUGUUGUUUGAUUUAUCUAUUUGUUGCUUGCUGGGAGAAAUGCUUUUGUUUUGAAAGAGGUAGACCAUGAAAUCCAGGCUCUGGUGCCGGUAUAAGUGGCUUGUAGAGCACCAAGGAAAGCCUGAAGGUGUUAAUAUGUCCAGCUUUGUCUUGGGAAAUAUACAUUCAUGUGAAUAAACCAUGUUUGUGGUUGUUGUAAAAGUGUGCUUUGAGUUUGCUUUGUUUUGAUUUUCAUUCAUUUCCAUAAAUUGAGGUUAGCAAACUGGCUUACAUAUGUUUCCAGACUUAUGCCUGCAUUGACAAAAUAUACAAACGGAGUCAGAAAUGGUUCUGAAUACCACCUUUUUAAUUGAUUCAUUUGUCUUUCUGGUAAAUAUUUACCAUGGCCACUAGGCUUCUGUAUUGUAAAUUUCUUCCAUCCACUUUGCGAGUUGGACAGAUCAUUCUCAAAAGAUGAAUUUAUUUAAUGGCAGCAAACUAAGAAGAUAUCAACGAGAUAUUGUUGAAGCUGUGUAUUGCUUGGUGCAGUUUCCCAUGCUCGGUGUGAUGUCAUCGUGUAUUUUGGAAUGGGAGAAAGAAGCAGGCGACAAAGUGAACUUGAUAAAACAACAUCCCUGUCUGAAGUCUUGACUGCUUCCUCUUGUUUCUCUCUCAGUCUGUUGUUGCUGUCUCUGACCUCUCUUCAUGGCCACUUCAUCUUGUCCAUUUUCCUCACUCCCUGUCUUAUAUAACUGCGCUGCUAUGCAACUCUCACUCCUUGCUCAUUGAGUGUUACACCCCAUUUACUCCCCUUUUAAAGUCUUUCGCUAAGCCGGUCAAUAGCUUGGAGGGGAUCAACUGGUAUGUCCAUCUUAUAAAAACAAUCCUGACAUCGCUCAUUUCAAAUGCCUCCUCCCAGUGAUCUCUCCAUGUUGCACUCAGAGCAGGCUCUUCUCUUCACUUUUACAACCCUGGGUUCCCUCCAGGUGUUGCUGUGGUUCUCCUAGCAACGGACCCUCUCUCAGACUGGCUCGAAGAUAACCUGCUGGAAACAGAAACAAAGCAUUGAUAGAAGAAAACCGUGUUUAGGAAGGAGUGUCCUGACUGACAGAUUACUAAACAAGGCAAAAUGUUCUGCACUUUGUCUUUGGAAGUUUACGGUAUUUGUCCUUGGCAGAUGUAUUCAAUUCACUGACGAUAUUUCAGACAUUUGUGGGAUGAGAAACACAUAUGUGUGUGUGUUGCGGUUGGAUGGUUGAAGUCUUAUCAGAAGCAUCCAGCCGUGAAGGUCCUACCACAUCAUCACGCGACAUUCAGGCGGCAAGUAUAGGAAGCUCAAUUCUAUAAAAUGUUACAAGAAGGCACUGGAAAUUCCUUCGUUGUCCUUUCAUUUUACCUCUUGUAUGCUUCCAACUUUAUGGGAACAUAUCUCUGUGUGGAAGAACAGGAGAGCCUUGACCUAAACUUGACACAAUUGUCCAACAAUAAUGACUUUCCACAUUAGAAAUGUUCUUUUGGCUGAAUGCACAGUUAUUCCCCACACAUGCACACUAAAAUCUUUCGAAAAGUUGCUUUAGAUGCAAAAGCGAGACCAACUCUCAUAUUUACAACCUUUGUAGUUUUGUUCUUACAGUGUAUGUAUCUUCCUUCUCAGUGCUGGUCUGAUUUAAUAUCUGCAUAAGCGGCAUGUCAUAGUUACUGCUCACCUGCCAUCAGGCCCUUAGAAGGAAUGAUUAUCUUGGGAUCCAUAAAGAUCAUUGGACACAACAAUCCUAAACAGACAGAGCCAGGAUUGGUCUGAUUUAUGUGGAGAGUGAGAUUACACUAGGACUGCGGUGUUUAAAUUGGACCUAGUCAUGCAAUCCUAUCAUUUAAAGUACUACGAGCAAAACAUACAAAGUAUGCAAGUAUCAAGACAUGCAAACGUGGUUCACCAAGACAUCUCUGUUUUCUCUCUCUCUCUCUUUCUGCUCUGUGCUUGCAAAUGACCAAGAUUCUCUUUGUGUGGCUGUAUUUAUUUAUCAAACAUCAGUAAAUCUUUAAGCACUG